CAGGAAAAGCAGGAGUGGAUCUGAGCCUAUACUUAAACUUAAUUAUCAUACCACGAGCUCGGGGCACCUUCCUCCUUUCCCGCCCCGCUGAUAUCAAAGGUCUAGCCAACUCCAAAUUCCCCACAGGUACUACCCCAAAACUCAAAAAGAGGAAUCCGAAGCGUGGCUUCCGUGUUGAAGCUCUCUGCUGUCCUCCGGUGCUUCAAAGUUCGCCAAGUCGGUCUUGGAAGGUACGAGCGACAAGGUCAAAACUGUCAAAUAUAGUCUGGACCAUCGCUUUCUUCUCCUCUCCUUCUCACUCACACUUUCAUCCCAACCCCAAUACUCACAAUGAAUAACACACUCCUCCGUCAACUGCCCCGCGCAGCUCGUCGAUCACUCGCCAGAUCACAAAAAACACCCAUCAUCUCACGCUCAUUCUCUGCUAUCCCACGACGCUGCGAACCAAGCUCAACCCGGGGUCCUCCUCCAGCACCAGAUGCAGAAUCAGCAGCACUAUUAAAGGGAGAAGCGCCGACAUAUUUGGGUACCACCAAACGUCUACCUGAGUUCAACCUUGUGGAUAAGGUUGUCUUGGUUUCUGGUGCUGCGAGAGGAUUGGGUCUUGUUCAAGCGGAAGCACUUCUGGAAGCUGGUGCCACAGUCUACGCUCUUGAUCGCCUCGAAUCUCCCUCCGCCGACUUCAGCCGUGUACAGGCUCGUGCAGAAAAAGAGCUCGGAACGUCCCUCUCAUAUCGACGGAUUGACGUUCGAGAUGUCGAGCAGAUGAACGCCAUUGUGCAGGAGAUUGCGGACAAGCACCAACGACUCGAUGGCCUGAUCGCGGCGGCUGGCAUCCAGAAGGAACUGCCGGCGUUGGAAUAUACAGCUGCAUUAAGCGACAACAUGAUGAGUGUUAAUGUUACGGGAUGCUUUAUGACAGCACAAGCUGCUGCUAAGCAGAUGGUGAGAUUUGGGAAUGGUGGCAGUAUUGUGAUGAUUGCGAGUAUGAGCGGCACAGUUGCAAAUAGGGGUCUGAUCUGUCCUGCAUACAACGCUUCCAAAGCCGCCGUUAUUCAACUUGCCCGCAACCUCGCAUCCGAAUGGGGGCAAUAUGGCAUUCGCGUGAACACGAUAUCUCCUGGCUACAUCGUUACGGCAAUGGUCGAAGAACUCUUCAAGGAGUUCCCAGAACGAAGAGAAGAAUGGCCAAAACAGAAUAUGCUUGGAAGACUCAGCGCUCCAGAGGAAUAUAGAGGAGCUGCAGCGUUCUUAAUCAGUGAUGCUUCAUCAUUCAUGACUGGAUCGGAUCUGCGAAUGGAUGGAGGUCACUCUGCGUGGUAGAGAAUAUCGAGGUCGUGGAGCUACAUAUAUUGGGGAAGUUGUGAAGGGGUGAGGUUGCUGAAGUGGGGGUCAAAAUGUGGGGGGCCUUCUCUGCAAGGAAAAGGGGUAGCGAGAAGUGCAUGAAUUGCAGGCUGGGAGUAAACAUCGAAUUCUAUCGAGC